AUGGUACAAUUAGACUUGUCGGGAGAGGACGAGAAGGACGACGACCUGACGAAGGAGUUUGUGAUGGCAGAGGCGCCGAUGGAGGAGACGACGACGCAGGCGGUGAAGCAAAUGUGAGGAGCCGUUUUAAAAUCGCGGAAACCAACAUCGCGGAUAAAAAUGUCAAAAUCGCGGAUUCUUGCAUGAGCCAUACUUGACGCGCACGUGUCACUAACCUAACUGAUUUUCCAUCAAAACCAAAUUAUGGGUCCUUGAAUACAACUUUGUUUGGCUAAAUAUAUUUUGCAAAGUUACUUUCGACGAGUUUCGAUUUGUUACUCUUAUUGUUCACUGUUUCUGACGCGUUCGUCAGUUCAAAAAACGCAAGCUUACUGUACAUGCGUGUCAAGUAUGGCGCAUGCAAGAAUCUUUUUUGGAAUUUUUUCCGCAAUUUUUGUUUCCGCGAUUUUACUGAAUUCCCCCGUUUUGGCACGGCCUCAAUGUGAGUCGCUUAAUCUCAGAUGGUAUCAUUCGAAAGGGGAAAAGAGCCAUAAGUCGGGGAAACACGGAAAAGGAAGUGGAAAGUGGCGAGGGACUGAAAACUGAAGUUUCAUUAGUUCCAUUCGCUUUGAAGCUGACCGUCAAUCGUUGAUCGUUGAAAGUUCGUUGAAACGCCAGAAGGCACAAUCACCAUUUCCAUGAAAAUCAUCCUCCGUUCGCCUUUUCCCUUUCCAAUUCCCUUGAAAGUAACGAGAAGGAUGCGGUGUUCACAUUUCAUCUCUAUUUUCUCAUUUUCAUCAUCAUCUAUGUUUUCGUUUAUGAAUAAUUCGAAAAAAGAGUGGAAUAAUGACAGUCGGAGGUUCGAACGAAUAAUAUUUAUUUUUUGAACCCUUCCGUUUUUCUUUAUUAUGGUCGUCUGGAAAUUGGCUUCACCUAGACAUAAUCCUUUUCCACUUUCCAUUUUCUCCGUCUCUAGUUUCUCCGCACAUCCUUCUAGCAAAGAACGCGCGAAAAAGCGAAAUACAUAAAAACGGGGAAAUGUAUAAAAUCUGUGAGCGGCCGCGAAAUGUCAUGAACGGGCCGUAAAAGAACACGGAAAUCGGCCAUUCCUUCACCCACUCAAACGAAUUUCAGAGCGACGACGACGAAAGAGACGCUGAAAGAUGUGGUUGUGAACAAAGUGAUCGAUGUGAAGGACGUCGUCAAAGAGAAAGUUAUGCAGCAGACUGGAAGUGAGUCAUUUUGAUCCAGUUUGGAGUUUUCGUUUUGGACGGAAGAGAUUGUAGGAAGUGAAUAAUAGGAGGAUUACUGUAGUUGUCCAGACUGCUCAAUGAUCUCUAAUCAGUUGAGCAGAAGUCAGAAGUGAACUAUGAUAAUCCUUCGAUGCCAUUUAUUGGGUUUCCCUUGUUUCUGAAAUUCGAGACGCCUCUUUCGUAACUCGGAAGUUCAUAAAACAUUUCAAAAGACCACCCAAAUUCAGUUUUGCAAAAGUUCUUGUAUCCUUCCGAUCGAACACCUGCCUAUAGUCCACCCAUAGAUAUCUGUCUGCCUCGCUGUUCCAGAACAAUCGUUUCUUUCGGAAUCCGAAAUCCCAAAAACCAACGGCGCCGGCCAGUUUCACAGCUUCUCUUCCCUUCCCCAAUUGUAAUUUGAUAUUCGGUGGCGAUGCAGACGCCCUCUCUCUCUCUCUCCCUUUUCUUUCCUCCUCCCAAUGCAUUGAAUAUUCUAGAUUUUUUACUUUCGAGUAGAGAGAAAAGAGGGAAAAGUAGCCGUGGAGCAUUGACGUCGCCGCGUUGGGCGCAAGAAACGGAAGAGCAUGUGCCGAAAAAGUGGUGUGUCCCUGGAGGGAAAACGCGAAGAAUUAAGAGCAGAAAAAGAAGAAGAAGAAGUCGGAGAGCGGGAGAACAAUAACACAUUCAUCUCCGAGCCUAGAAGUAGUGUGGUCAGUCGGCCGUUUAUGAGUCGGCGCUGACGGGCAAGACGGAUAAACAGUGCGCGAAAUAAUUAGGUGGAGCCCUCGGAACACAUGUCCUGGAUUUCGGCAGUCCUGAGACUCGAAUUUGUACGAAAUCUGAAAGAGAUUGAUGAAGUGAAGGGGAGAGAAGAGAAAAAUGAUCGCCACUUUUCAGUGCCCGAAUGGGCGUUUGUCUUCCUCGGAUUCGUGUUCAUUCUGCUCGUUCUCGCCUGCGCGUUCGUCAUCAUUCGGAAGUUAUUCGGAAAGAAACGGCACGGAGAGAAGAACAAGAAGGGAGGAAUCAAGGGACUGUUCGGAAAAGGACAGGACGUCGUCGAUGGAAAGAAUAUUCAAGGGGUUCGUACUGGAAGAAAAGAUGAGAUGAUAAUGGAAGAUUAGUUCAGAUGGCUCAAGACUUGGAAGAGCUCGGAGACGCAAUGGAACAGAACGAGAAGGCGCAGGCGGAAGAGAAGGAGGACGUGAAAUUGGGAAGGAUACAGUACAAAUUGGACUACGAUUUCCAACAAGGACAGCUGACAGUGACUGUGAUCCAGGCGGAAGAUCUUCCCGGAAUGGACAUGUCCGGUACUUCUGAUCCAUAUGUCAAGCUGUACUUGUUGCCGGAGAAGAAGAAGAAAGUGGAGACAAAAGUGCACAGAAAGACUCUGAAUCCAGUCUUCAACGAGACGUUCAUUUUCAAAGUGGCAUUCAACGAGAUCACCGCCAAAACGCUCGUCUUUGCCGUUUACGACUUCGACAGAUUCAGCAAGCACGAUCAGAUCGGACAAGUUCUAAUUCCACUCGGCAAGAUUGAUUUGGGACAAGUGAUCGAGGAAUGGAAGGACAUUGCACCGCCUCCAGAUGACAAAGAAGCGGUGAGAGAAGUCGGCAGUCGUCCUGAAAAUGAUCGGUUUUUCAGGAGAAGAGUCUCGGAGACAUCUGCUUCUCCCUUCGGUACGUGCCCACUGCUGGAAAGCUGACGGUCGUCGUGCUGGAAGCCAAGAACCUCAAGAAAAUGGACGUCGGAGGUCUUUCAGGUAAACCCCUUUCCUUUUCUCUUCGCAGAAUAAGAUCUUUGACAUUUCGCAAAAGUUUGAAAAGUGUAUAACUGUAAGAUCCGUACGUGAAACUGGAGAUGCACGGAGAGGACAGAAAACGGUUGAAAAAGAAGAAGACGUCGAUCAAGAGACACACUUUGAAUCCGUACUACAACGAGAGUUUCGUGUUUGACAAACUUCCCUUGCACAAGAUGAAGGUGAUCCGAGAUCGAGACAAUCCGUCUCUCGCCUAUCUCUCUCUCUCUCUAACUUCCCUCCCUCCCUCCGAUCCCUUGCAGCUUCCUCUUCUUUCCUAACUCUUUCUUCUAACCAUUUCCCGGGUGUUUUGCAGAUCCUUACGUCAAAAUAGUGCUGAUGCAGGGCGGAAAGCGGCUCAAAAAGAAGAAGACGUCAAUCAAGAAGUGCACUCUUAACCCGUAUUAUAACGAAUCCUUCAGCUUCGAAGUGCCUUUCGAACAGAUUCAGGUGGCUUUCCUAACCCUUUGUUCAUCCAUUCUAACUUCUUUUCCUCCCGUUCUUCACACUUUUACGGGUCAACGGGUUUUCGUUACAGAAAGUCUCGCUUAUGAUAACUGUGAUGGAUUACGAUAAACUCGGCUCAAACGACGCCAUCGGACGGUGUCUGCUUGGUUGCAAUGGAACUGGAGCCGAGCUCAGGUGAGUCACAGAGCCCUGCCGUCAAUUCUGAGAUCUUUUCAGGCAUUGGAUGGACAUGCUGGCCUCUCCGCGUCGUCCGAUCGCUCAAUGGCACACGCUUGGGCCAGUGGAGGAAGAGGGCGACAAGAAGGAAGAGAAGAAGUGA